GCAACUCCAAGACUGAGCGAGGACAAAGUGAAGCAAUGUGUGGAUCCCAAGUUGAAUAAUGACUACCCACCAAAGGCAAUUGCUAAGAUGGCAGCGGUUGCAGCACUUUGUGUUCAAUAUGAAGCAGACUUCCGGCCAAAUAUGACCAUCGUCGUGAAGGCUUUGCAGCCACUUCUUAACUCAAAACCGGCAGGACCUGACUCUAAUACAUAG